UGUUCCCCGCCCCGGCAACCGCUGCCGCUGUCGCCGCCGCCACCCGGCUAUAAAAACCGGCCGAGCCCGGAAAGGUGCGAAUGCUUAUUCUAGACCGACGCGACGCCAUUGCCGGGUGCCAGACUCUCCGCUGAGGCUUUUCCGAGAGAGCUACUUGAAACACAUCCACAUUCUGGGGACCGAAGAAAGGAGGACCCCGCGAAAGUCGCGACUAUCCUCCCCUGCGGCCAUGGACUCGGACACCAGCCUGGUGUCCAGCCGCCCGUCGUCGCCGGAACCCGAUGAUCUUUUUCUACCGGCUCGGAGCAAGGGCAGCAGCGGCAGCGGCUUUACGGGGGCCACAGUGUCCUCAUCCACGCCAAGCGACUGCCCGCCAGAGCUAAGCACCGAGCUGCGCGGCGCCAUGGGCUCAGCGGGCGCGCACUCUGGGGACAAGCUGGGAAGCGGAGGCUUCAAGUCAUCCUCGUCCAGCACCUCAUCGUCCACGUCGUCGGCGGCCGCAUCGUCCACCAAGAAGGACAAGAAGCAGAUGACUGAGCCGGAGCUGCAGCAGCUGCGCCUCAAAAUCAACAGCCGUGAGCGCAAGCGCAUGCACGACCUCAACAUCGCCAUGGACGGCCUGCGCGAGGUCAUGCCGUACGCGCACGGCCCGUCUGUGCGCAAGCUCUCCAAGAUCGCCACGCUGCUACUGGCGCGCAACUACAUCCUCAUGCUCACCAACUCGCUGGAGGAGAUGAAACGACUGGUGAGCGAGAUCUAUGGCGGCCACCACGCUGGCUUCCACCCGUCGGCCUGUGGCGGCCUGGCUCACUCGGCGCCCCUGCCCGCCGCCACCGCGCACCCCGCGGCCGCCGCCGCAGCGCACGCCGCACACCACCCGGCGGUACACCACCCCAUCCUGCCGCCCGCAGCCGCUGCCGCCGCUGCUGCCGCUGCGGCCGCUGCGGUGUCCAGCGCCUCUUUGCCUGGCUCCGGGCUGUCGUCGGUCGGAUCCAUCCGGCCUCCGCACAGCCUGCUAAAGUCUCCUUCUGCAGCCGCGGCUGCCCCGCUGGGAGGCGGGGGCGGCGGCAGCGGGGGUAGCGGGGGCUUCCAGCACUGGGGAGGUAUGCCCUGUCCCUGCAGCAUGUGCCAGGUGCCACCGCCACACCACCACGUGUCGGCCAUGGGCGCGGGCAGCCUGCCCCGCCUCACCUCCGACGCCAAGUGAGCCGACAGGCGCGGGCGGGUUCAGGCGAGCGGGGGGCCGGGGAGGCCGCCGGGAAGCGAGGAGUGGCAAACGUCCAGCCACAGGACUUUGGACUGGGGGUAGGGGAUGGUGGGGACUCCAGAACCUGGGAACCAGAGCUAGGAUGGAGCGCCUAGAGUAGUAGUAUGGGAGGUGUUCGCUCCGGGGAUCUGAUUGAGCCCUCGCGGCUCUAAACUGCGCAGGUCCAGCAGACACUAUUUUAUAAAACGGUACCGCUAUGUGCAUCCCUCACUCGAACUUACCCGCACCUCCACCCUCGCUCCGAAGAGAUUCUAAAAACUGUGGUUUCCCCCACGAGCACCUGCCGGACUUCAGACUCAGCCGGGCAGCACCUCGCGGGCGGGAGGUUGGAGGAGAGGCACAGUAUGGACGUCCUCUCCUUCCUCCUCUCUUGACCAGCGGGAGACCGGGAUUGGGGGGUGGGGGGACAAUUGCAGAAGCGACCGCCGGGCCUCGCCCUGGAGGGUCGUCCCUGGCCUCGCGACAACUUAGUGGGAAGCUGUGGUUCGGUACCAGAAGCACUUAUGGUGGUAUUCAGUCUCGGAGUCUGGGUAAACCCUCGCCCUCUGGAACUGUUGCGUUCCUUAUGUCUCUCCAGUUGAUUGGGUUUGAGGUUUUCUAAUAAAUCUGUGGAUGUUCCUGAGCAAGCUUUAAAGACGCUCAGAGUGGAACCACUUGUGGAUUGGGAUAACUAAAAACUGCCGAUUUGAGGGGCGGGCUUUUUUUAGUUACUAUUUUAAAAUACAAAGUACCCCCCUCCAUUCUUUCCGUCUCUGAUUUAAUUUUUUUACUCAACUGGGAGGAGUCAUUUUGGUACCUGAGGACUUGACAGAAUUAAAAGGAAGUUGCUGUGAACACAGCUUGGGUUUUUUUGGGGGGGGUUCUGUCUGCUUUUAAAGAAUUUCUUUCUUGGAAAUAAAUUUUGGACGUGUAAAUAUAAUAUCAACGAUGAGGUAAGUGAGCGAUGGAAGGCGUUUGCUGGUGACUGCCAGCCUCACCGGGGUCUAAGCCUGCUUUCCUCUCUCUAUUUUGGUUUCUUUUUGCCAAGUUUAACACAAACGGUAAACUCCACGUGCUUCCUGCGUCCUGGGAGCCGCCCGGCGCUGCCUGCUGGGCCUCGCGGGCUGUAGAGUCCCCCCCACCCCCCCGUGACUUCCCUGCUCUGACCGCGCUGCCCCUCGCAGAGAGUGUAUCAUGUGUUUUAUUUUUGUAAAAACAAAGUGCUAAAUAAUAUUUAUUACUCGUUUGGUUGCAAAAACGAAAUAAAUGAUCGAGUGUUGAGAUUUUAAAUAAAAUAUAA